UCGGCCUGUUCCGCGGCCGCUCGGUCAUUUUCGCCUCUUUGUUGUACUGAUAGUGGAUUUAACUCGGAUCCGACCCCAGAUACCCAGCGAACCGUGCUGAUCCCGACCAGGCUCCAAUGAGAGGCUCUCCAUGAUGAGGAGCUAACACUGUCGGCCGCACAACCGCAGGAAGAGACGUGGCUGCUGCACCAUCCACAGUCGACGCAUGGCGGUAUUAGGGAACCCCGACAUGCUGACGAGGAAGAUAAAGCUGUGUCACAUCAACGCUCACAUCACAUGUCGUCUGUGUGAUGGAUACCUGAUCGACGCCACCACCGUCACCGAGUGCUUACACACCUUCUGUAGAAGCUGCCUAGUGAAGUAUCUGGAGGAUAACAACACGUGCCCCACGUGUAGGAUUGUUAUUCAUCAGAGCCAUCCACUGCAGUACAUCGGCCAUGACAGAACAAUGCAAGACAUUGUCUACAAGUUGGUGCCGGGACUUCAAGAGGCGGAGAUAAAGAAGCAGAGGGAGUUCUAUCAGAAGUUGGGGAUGGAGGUGCCAGGAGACAUUAAAGGAGAGCUCUGCAACAUGAAGACUCAUCUAGAUCAACGCAAUGGAGACGCAAAAUCGGAGGAGACGGCCAAUAAGGAGGCAGGAGAGGAGAAACCGGAGGAGGACAACGACUAUCACCGUAGCGACGAGCAGGUCAGCAUCUGCUUAGAGUGCAACAGCAGCAAACUCCGAGGUCUGAAACGCAAGUGGAUCCGCUGCUCAGCACAAGCCACAGUCCUCCACCUCAAGAAGUUCAUCGCCAAAAAGCUUAACCUGACAUCAUUUAAUGAGCUGGACAUUUUAUGCAACGAGGAAAUCUUGGGAAAGGACCACACGUUGAAAUUUGUUGUUGUGACAAGAUGGAGAUUUAAGAGUUCGCGUAUAAAAACGUUGGCUCCAUCCUCCACCUCCUGUGCACCAGAAUGCACCACCAUUGAGACAUCAGUGCUGCUUCACUGGACAGCCGAGCUAAGAGGCUUACAGGAGGCUCCACUCCGCCUCGCUGCAGACAUUUGGGGGGGUGGGGGUCGGUAUCCAAAGGCCUCGGGCGUGGAGGGACGGCCGUGA